GGCACUGUCUGUGGAGGAAACGCUGCAGCACUGCUCGCCUCUCAAGUACUGAACAUGGUUCUGCCCAAAUUGCUUAUAUUCACUUUGACUUUACAUGGACUCCUUGUUAAUUUGGAUGCCGUGAGUUGCCCAAAAGGUCAGAAAGUGUCUCGUGGCGGCCGUGGUUGCGAGGACUGCAGCGAUGGAUAUUACCAGCCCGUAGAAAAUUACUCCCGGCAGUGCAUGGCGUGCACGAGGUGUGAUGAGCGUUCAGGAAGUGUUGUUAAAGAGAAGUGCACGAAGGAGUCAGACACCAAAUGUGAGUGCCGUGGAGAAUUUGUUGGGAGCGACAGUGAUUAUUCCACUUGCAAAUGUGACAUUGGAUUUGGACUGAGUCUUGGAGAAUGUUCAAAAUGUGCCGAUGGAUAUUUCAGCACAUCUAUCGACUCGUCCUGUCAAAAAUGGAAAGAAUGCAAAUCAGCAGGAGUCAGUAUCAAUGGAACCCAGACCUCAGAUGUCAUCUGUAAUAAGGAGUCACAGAGUAACACUUAUGUCACUACAGCCACCACAUCAAACAAAGAUGUUUCUCUCAUUACUCGCUUGAUAUCCCACCGUCCACAUGAGGGGGCCCAAACUCAGAAGACGCACACUACCACCACCACCACAUCAGCUCCGGGACCCACCGUCACCCCAAAGGACAAAGGACAGCCUUCCUACCCUUCAAACACAGGCAACCACAUCGGUAUGGUCCUCCUCAUAUUUGGAAUCAUUGGACUGCUUGUACUGACCGCCGUGACCUGCAGGCUGCACCUGACUCCCCACAUGGAGAGACGACCAGCAGUACAAAGUAUGUUGCAGAAUACCUUAAAGGAAUAGUGUGACAUUUUGGGAAAAAAUGACUCAUUGUGUCGGAGGCCAGUUGAAGAAAGCGGCAGCGGCAGUCGGUCCCCUCUCAAGCUGAAUCCAGGGGAGCCCUGAGGCGAAACUUUCAAAUCUGUCAAGUGUGAAUUUUUAAUAUCAGGUAAUCAUCAUAUGAAUAUUUGAGACUGAUCACUUAUAUUGUUCAUAUAUUGUUCUUAUAUUGUUGGUUUUACAUUAGAAAGUACAUCAAAAAACUAUUUACUCUUCUGUAUGUGAAGUGUAUUCACAGUCUGCAAAGUAAUCAACAUUUGACUAUUGUUUGUUCUGUUAUGGUAUAUUGGGUGAAUUACAUGAAAGAUCUGUAUGUCUUAUACCUCACUUUUUGUUAUCUAACUGUAAAUCAAUUUAAAGUUUGGCAGUAAAACAUAGCUUUUACUACUCAAACCGCCUUUUUAGUAAGAUAAUGUAAUAAAUAAUUCACUUUCUGUGUAACUUUAAUAUUUAUUACGUAUUUGGAUAUGGAAAUUUUUGUAUAACAACCUCAGAGAUCCUGUCACUAUAUGCCUUAUGGUAUUUUCAAACAAUCCUUUUACUCUUACUAAAAUGCACAUAUAUGCAUAUUUUUGGUUGCUUUUUAAGCCUUACAAUGUUAUAUAAUGUGAUAAUGGUUUAAUGGGGAAAUUGACAAUGUUCUGAGAAAUAUACAGUAUGAACAGUACUGUAGUAAAGGAAAUAACAAUCAAUAUUGUUGAUCCAUGUUAUUAUGAACUACUGGAGAGCCUUAGAAAAACAUCUCGCUCUCUUCAUGCAGUCUGUCUGUCUGUAUUUUUGUCAUGUGUUGUUUAUUCGGCUUUGUUCCACUGGUAGCAGGUCUGUUAGGCUGAGAACAGUAAAAAACAAGCUUUCAGUGGUACGUGGGGUUGGGGGAGGUCCCCUUGUGGAGUUAAAUGUGUCUUUUUUUUUCCCACUGAGAGAUACUUCCUCUCAUGUUUUCAUUUCUACCACUGGAAACAUUAAUAUUGUAAAUGUGAAGACUUUCAUGUUGUUUGUACCUCAUUGGAGACUUUCCCCAAAUCGGUACAGUGAGAGGAGUUAUGAAAGCAUGCCCUCAUUAUUUUAAACGUCAUUUGUAUUUUGCUAAGAAAUCUGAUACACAAGCUGUCAAAUCACAGGUGGCUUGGUGUGUACCUGGAUGGCACUGUGUGACUACAACAAUCCGCUUGGAAAAUACUGCAGUUUUGUUCCAGCUCUUUGCUGUUAUGUUGACAGCGCCCUCAGUCAUUUUGACAGUUAGAAAGAGAAGAGGAAAUGAACUGACAUUUCUUUUUUAAAAACAGGGGUGGGUAAAGUAUUCAUAUCUUUUACUUAAGUAAAAGUACCAGUACAACAAUGUAAAAAUACUCUGUUACAAGUAAAGGUCACGCAUUUAAAACCUGACUUGAAUAAAAGUACAAGAAGUAUUAAACUAUAUUUAAAGUAUCAGAAGUAAAAGUACUUGUUCUGCAAAUCAUAGAUCAAGUUAUUGUUAAUACUGAUGCAUCAAUGUGUCAGCAGUGUUUUACUGUUGUAGCUGCUCGAAGUGGAGGUAGUUCUAACUUCUUUAUAAGCAGUUAGCCAGUUUAGUCUGGUGGUUCCUAGCCUUGGAUUUGACCCCUCCAAAGCUUGACCAGAUAAAUCUGAGGGAUUGUGAGAUGAUUAUGGGGUCAGGAAAUAUGACAAAUCAGUUCUGAUACACAAAUGUAUAUCUGUUUGCAGUUUUUGGGCUUUUACUCUAUUUUUUUGCGAAAUACUGGAUCAACUGAACAGUUAUUUAAAUGAAAUCUGAGCUGUUUAGAGGGGACAUGUGUCUUUGUUGGAACUGCUAACAACUCUUAGAUAUCUGAAGUGUGACAAGGAGCCCCCAACUAGACACUGAUUUUCUAUUAGAGGUCACAGAAAGAUUAGAAACCACAGGUGUAAUCACAAUGUAUUGUAAGUCUGUUGUGUAUUUCCAUGUAAUAUGUUAAUCUGACUACUAUAUCUACAAACAAAUGUAGUAAAGAUAUAAAGUACUACAAUAAUACUCAAAUCAAGUGCAAGUUCCUCAAAAUUGUGCUUAUGUACAGUAUUUGAGUAAAUGUACUUAGACACAGUAAACAAACCAGUUCCUAUCUGACUUAUUUUGAAGCAUAUUUUUUUGUCAUAUGUUGUUUCUGAUAUUUGUUCUCUGUUUUCAAUGUGCACUUUGACACCCUGACAGUGUGUGAAUAAAGACUUUCUAA